AUGUGCCGCUUCUUGGUCUACAAGGGCAGCGACGAGAUCCUGCUUUCCAAACUCAUCCUCGACCCUACUCAUUCCAUCCUAAGGCAAUCGUUUGAUUCUCGCUUACGGAUCGACACACGACGUGGUCAGAACAAUGCAGAUGGUUUCGGCAUCGGCUGGUUUACCGACCCCAAGCUUGGAGAGGCCCCCUGCCUGUUCCGGUCUACGAUCCCUGCGUGGAACUGCCCCAAUCUCGAGCGCAUUGCCACCAAGACGGCGUCUCGCCUCGUUUUCGCCCACGUGCGCGCAGCUACCGGUUCAUCUCUGAGCGAGACCAACUGUCACCCGUUCUCUCAUGGCAGUCUGAUGUGGAUGCAUAACGGCUCGCUCGGCGGUUGGAAAUACAUCAAGCGUCGCCUGUCCGAGCGUCUAGCAGACAAGUGGUACCAUAGCGUCGUGGGCGGCACCGACACCGAAUGGGCAUUUGCCCUCUUCCUCGACACGCUCGAACGGCUAGGUGCCAGUCCCAGUUCCCAGCCUGAGAAAGGCUUCGGGCCCGGACUUCUGCGCAAGGCUAUGCUGCGCACGAUUGCCAUUAUCAACGAGCUCAUCGACCAGAUCCCGGAAAGCACCAUCCUGUCGGAGAACGUGGACACCCGGAGCCUGCUCAACUUUGCCCUCUCGGACGGUCACAGCGUCAUCUGCACUCGUUAUGUUAGCAGCACUACCGACCAGGCGGCCAGCCUAUAUUACUCCUCUGGCAGCCAGUGGGAGAAGCGUCCGACGGCGGGCGACGACAAGGACUACAAGAUGGAGCGGCGGGAUAAAGGUGCCGAUGUUGUUCUCGUGGCUAGCGAGCCGCUCACGUUUGAGAGAGAAAACUGGGUCAAUGUUCCGACAAACUCUAUUCUCACGAUUCACGGCCAGACGGUCAUGGUUCACCCAAUCCGGGAUGCGUACUCUACCCGCGGGCCGGCGCACACGCGGUCAGCAGCCUUUGUGCAGACAAAGGGACUCGUGGCCAAUGAGAAGAACAUGCUGCUGCCGAGUCGCAUCAGCGGCUCUUUUCCAGCAGCGGUCGCAGGGACAGACCAGCACAAGCCAGCGCAUGCUUCGUCCAUGUCUACGAGCAUGUUGCGGGCACGAGUACCCGAUGCAACGAUCGUCAACCGGCCCAGAAUACCAUACUUCUCGUCAACGACCGCCAACAACGUGUCACAUCAUGCAAUGGAUUCAAACAACAACUCUACAUCCACUUCUACAGACGGUCUGCCAGCUGCGUCGGUUCUGGCUUCUCCAGCCCGGCUGUUACCGUCGAAGCAGCCAGCACAAGGCAAUAUCAAGAAGAAGCGCAUGCUUUUGAGUGAGAUGGAGCACACUGCGGUCAUGCCUGAGCAUGUUGAAGAGCAGCCGUUGACGCCCACCACACCUGCCGAGCCCCCAAGAAACAACUUUGGAGAUCCUCACAAGAUAGCCCAAUACUUCCCUGAGCUUAACACCAUUACGACUUAG